AUGAACCGCGGAUCAGGUCCUCAGAACAUCUUCCGCGCGCUCGAUCGUCUGCGCCAGCAAGCUCAGCAGGCGUCACAGCAGUUCAACAAUGCUGGCAAGCCCGGCGGAAGCAGCGGUGGCAGUGGAGGCGGAGGACGUGGAGGCCCUCCCAACCUUGGUAACAUUUUUGGCGGUUCCGCUGGUAUCAUUGCGCUAGUCACCCUUGGUUUCGGUAUCAAUAUGUCGCUCUUCAACGUCGAUGGUGGUCACCGUGCUAUCAAGUACUCUCGUCUCUCAGGUAUCAAGGAAACCAUCUUCAACGAAGGUACCCACUUCAUGAUCCCCUGGUUCGAGAAGCCUAUCGACUACGACGUCCGUGCCAAGCCUCGCAGCAUCGCCUCCCUCACAGGUACUAAGGAUCUUCAAAUGGUUUCUCUCACUUGCCGUGUUCUCUCUCGUCCACGUGUUGAUGCGCUUCCGACCAUCUUCCGAGAGCUCGGCGCCGACUACGACGAGCGUGUCCUGCCAUCCAUCGUCAACGAGGUGCUCAAGUCGGUCGUCGCUCAGUUCAACGCUUCUCAGCUCAUCACACAGCGAGAGAUGGUCUCGAGAUUGGUGCGUGACAACCUCACUGCGCGUGCGCAGCGCUUCAACCUUGUCCUCGAUGACGUCUCCAUCACCCACGUUUCCUUCUCCCCCGAGUUCACCCACGCCGUAGAGGCCAAGCAGAUCGCACAGCAGGCUGCUCUCCGUGCCGCCUUCUUAGUCGACCAGGCCAUUCAGGAGAAGGCUUCCAUCAUUGUCAAGGCACAGGGUGAGGCUAAGUCUGCCGAACUCAUUGGUGAAGCCGUCAAGAAGAACAAGGGUUUCCUUAAGCUUCGUAAGCUCGAAGCUGCUCGUGACAUUGCUACCAUCCUCUCGCAAGCCGGUACCAACAACAAGGUAUUGCUUGACGCCGACACGCUCUUGCUCAAUGUUGCCAACGAGGACCCUAACCACUCGUAA